AUGGACUUCUCAAACUCACGGAAGAGGCGGCGGGAAAAGAGUGGGGAUGAGGACGACCAUGCACCACGAAAGCAAACGGUCACUACCCCCUCCGAAUCCUCUGAAGCGGAAUCACACACUUCUCAGGGCUCAGAGGAGUUGUCCGGGAGCGAGUGCAGAACCACGGUGGAUUCCGAAGUGGCGUCCACCACAGCGGACAUGACAUCAUCUGCCACAACAGGCGGCACGGACUCCCCGAGCUCGGAUGGUGCAGGCACUUGCCAACUCCCUACUACCGCCUCAAUGAAUGACCUAUCGGCCCCUGGGGACCCCUGCCCUCCCUCCCCCGACACAGAAGGACUGUCCCUGCCAGGAACUUCUCCCCAAGAAGUAGAGUGCACCCUACCUGCCCCUGCAGCAGAAGGGACCACCGAAUCUCCCGACAUCCAGCCCCCCGACGAUUCAGCUGCCAUGGAGGUGGUGGAGGAAGUUCUUACCAGUACCGCUACAGGGGGCAACACCCGAAAGAAAGCCCCUUAUACGGCGAAAGACUUUCUCCUUACACCGUCAGCGGGGGCCACACCUACCAACCGCAGAAAAAAGGUAAAGAAGAAGCUGACCAAGAAGCCACUCCCGGUUACUGCAUCGGAGGGCACGGCUGCCAACCUCCCCCAACCUUUCGCCAAGGCCCCCACUGCAGUGGACACCACAAGGAGGCACAAUAGUGCAGCGGGGAGUCCCCCAUACACAGAGGGCUUCCAGGUGGUCACUACCAGAAGUGCCCGACGCCGUGCCAGGGACCUUGCUGCUGCUGCGGCCCUCCCGGUCGACCCUGCCAUUGUAGGCACAGUUCUCUUCCGGCCGUCGGCCCCCGGAGGUACCUUCAGUGGAUCCCCACGCCUGAUCCUCACACAGGCGCUCUCUGCAAGGCCCGGCGUAGCCGCAAUUCGCGUAAAUCAAAAACGCAACAUUGUGGCUGCUGACGCAACCACGCGAGAGUGCCUGAAGCAGCUCCUGACCAUUAAGGAGCUAAAGGGGAUCCCUGUCACAGCCAAAGAACCUGCCGACCAAAGGACCAGCACGGAGUUCCUACACGGUGUCGACGGGGAGCCUGCGGCGGACAGCCUGCUGCCUGGGAUCCAGUCGGCCGUCCCGGUGCUCUCUGCUGCCAGGGAGGGGCGAACCGUGACGCUUCGCUUCGCCGGCCUUCUGCCACCGGAGCACAUGUCACCCUUCUUGGUACGCUUCCCAGUGCGGCCGGCCAGACCCCACCCCCUGCAGUGCCGGCAAUGCGACACCCCGGACUGCCCCCGGUGGCAGGAGCAGCGGAAGGUUGCCACUCUCAUGGUAUCUUCCCCAAACAUCCUCUCGAGACGUGCAGUGGCAGCGGCAGUGCGAGAGGAGAUUCAGGAGGCCCGGACUUCUGCGAGCGUGGUGAAGGGCCACCCUUCGCCGCCCCCCCCACUCCGGCCAGACCCAUUGCCGGCGCCUCGCAAAUCUCGUCGCCAGCCACUCCAGGGACAGCAGUUCACUGGCACUGCUGCCCCUAUGGCCCUGCCUGCGGCCACUGCUGUUCCUGAGGCCCAGCCUGCUGCAGCUGCCACUCUAGCGGCCCAGCCUGCUGCUAUUGUCCCCGGAGGCCAGCCUGCUGGCCCACGGCUCCUGUGGCCCCGCCUGCUGCGACAGUAG